AUGCCCCGGCUAUCACUCGUAGGUAGCGUGGGGCCGGCGGGCUCCCCGACCUACCUUACGCUCACAGCCAUCUUGAGCUCGAACCCGUUGGAUCUAGAGGUGUUUGCAUAUAAGAAUGAUGUCACGCCGCCUCGCACCUAUUCGAGCAUUCUUGGCUGCAUCAUGAGAAGAAAUUUUCCUGGGAUUGUGAAGCUCCCUAGUGGUGAAAGAACUGUAGCUUGGUACUGGGAGGACUACAAGUAUGCAAAGAACCCGAGCCCCGAGUAUAGAGACAUGCAGGAGCAAGUGCAAUGUCUUUUCUGGAAGUACUUUACCAUGCAGCCGGGGAAGCACGAAAAAUGCAAGGCCGUGUUGUUCAAUAUUUGUACCAAGAUGGUCACGGACAUGCACUAUGAUGCGCGUGUGAGCUGCGUUCUCAAUUGGUACGCCGAGAAGCGCAACGUCCGCAUUAGCAAGUCGCAAGCUCGAAAUAAGCAUUUGCAUGCUUGGCAGUACAUGCAGGUGGUUCCUCAGUAUGUGAGUUCCAACAAGAAAUGCUACGUGGCCAUGGUGAAGCACUGGACAAGCGACGAGUACAAGAAGAAGCACGAGGAGGGACAGACCUACCGAGUGAUGAUGGACGGUGCUUCACACGUCCAGGGCAGCCUCCCUCUCGAGGUCGCCAGGAGAAGAGAGGCUAAAAAGACAGGCGUGGAUCCCAACGUAUUCGAGUUUUGGGAAACAAUGCAUACAAGGAAAAAGCCUCAUCCUACAACGGGGUCGAUGUGGGUGAAUAAAGGAUCAGAGUUGCGGAGUACCAAGUUCGGUGCAGAAGUUCAAGGAGCUCCGAAGGGGCAGGACGAGCUCCCAGCCCGCUAUUGA